CCUUCAGCCGAGGGAAUCUAGCCGCGACCCAAAUAAUAUCUACAGCGCCGGAAGCCUCCAUCCCCAAGGAUUUUUCCCGUGCCGCCUUGGCAGUAAACAACAACAACAACAACAAAAAAAAACAGUACUAGGAGACUUGACUGCGGCUUGGGUACGCGCCCUAAUACUAUUGGUCAGCGCCAUCACCUCACGUGACACUUGCGGUACAUACCGGAGCCGGGGCAAGAUGGUAGCUUAGCUAAUAGAGAAUAAGUGACAUCCCGUUGAACAAAAUUUUCUGUGACGAUUCAUGAUUAGAGCAUCUUUGUCUUUGUGAAGUGCGUAUAGUCUUUUGCUGGCUGCAACGAUGUUGGUCUUCAGGCAGGAAAAUGUGGAAGAACUGUAUGUAAUGGGAGAAGAACUUGGGAGUGGGCAGUUUGCCAUUGUGAAAAGAUGCAGAGAGAAGAGCACAGGAGUUGAUUAUGCUGCAAAGUUUAUUAAAAAACGGCGUCUCUCCUCCAGUCGUCGUGGUGUGAGCAUAGAGGAGAUUGAGCGGGAGGUUAGCAUCCUGCAGGCGAUCAAACACCCAAAUAUUGUUACCUUGCAUGACAUCUAUGAGAAUAAGACCGAUGUGAUUCUUAUCCUGGAGCUUGUGUCUGGGGGUGAACUUUUUGACUUCCUGGCAGAAAAAGAGUCACUUACUGAAGAAGAGGCAACACAGUUCUUGAAGCAGAUUCUGGAUGGUGUUCAUUAUCUACAUUCCAAAAAGAUAGCACACUUUGACCUCAAACCCGAAAACAUCAUGCUUUUAGACAAAAAUGUCCCUAAUCCACGCAUUAAGCUGAUUGACUUUGGAAUUGCACACAAAAUAGAUGAAGGGACAGAGUUCAAAAAUAUUUUUGGCACACCUGAGUUUGUGGCUCCAGAAAUUGUCAAUUAUGAGCCAUUGGGUCUGGAGGCAGACAUGUGGAGCAUUGGUGUUAUCACAUACAUUCUCUUGAGUGGAGCUUCACCUUUCCUGGGUGAAACAAAACAGGAGACCCUAGCCAACAUCUCAGCAGUUAACUACGAUUUUGAUGAUGAAUAUUUCAGCAACACCAGUGAACUUGCUAAGGACUUCAUUCGAAGAUUGUUGGUUAAGGAUCCCAAAAAAAGAAUGACUAUUGAGGACAGCCUGCAACACCCAUGGAUUAAGGUGAAUACCCUGAAGAGAAAUGUUCGACAAGAGGACAAUGACAAGAGAUCUGAUAGACGAUGGCUGAAAACAACACGACUGAAGGAGUACACCAUUAAAUCUCACUCCAGCAUGCCACCUAAUAACACUUAUGUCAACUUUGAGAGGUACACCAAAGUCAUGGAGGAGAUCAACUGUGCUGAGGAAAGCUUGAAGGAGCUGGAAAAGAGUAAAAAGUCUUUCCAGGAUGAUAUUGAAGCGUUGGUAUCUAUCUAUGAAGAAAAGGAAUCCUGGUACAAUGAAGAGAAUGAGAGUAUUCGUCAGGACCUGCGACAACUCCAUGACGACUUAAUGAAGACUCAGUUUAUGAAGAAGCAGACACAGGAUGACAUCAAGGCUGCUCAGCUGUCUGCCAAUUCAUUGAAGCGUCGUUUUGGGAAAAUGGAGAACCGCUACGAAGCCCUGGCAAAGCAGGUUGCAUCUGAGCUUAAAUGGGUGGAAGAACUAGUGAAAUCAUUUGAGCAGGAGAGGAUAGAGAGUAAAAGUGAACAUUUUGGGCUGUGUUAGCUCCAGUAAUUCUGAAAUUGAAACAGAACUGGAUAUUUUUAAAUGCCACUUAUUACUGAGAUGCGCUCAGGUGUAGUCUAGAAGUCAAAAUGGACUUUUUAAUUUACUGUGGCUUUGGGAUGUCAUAAGAAGAUGCUGUCUCAUUUUUUUACACAGAAUCCAUUUAGUUAGAAUUUAUGCAUGAUUUCAAACUAAGCAGCUCCUGCUUUUUGGGGUACUGUUUUUGUUGCUGUUCUUCCUUUUUCUGUCAUAAAAUAUGACAGGGAUUUCAUUUAUCAUAUGUAAUGUAGCAAAGGCCCUUGCUAAUCGGGUUGCCCAGACUGAUGAGCUUCAUGCUGCUCUUGAGUAACUGGGAACUAACGUCAGGCAGCACGAUGCCAGGGCACUUCUAUGGGCUAGACUUGUAAAGGCUCCAGGGCCAUUAGCCUAGUACCCACCUAUGAACCUAUGAGCAUGUAGUCUGACUUGAUAGUUUGCACGAGGGAAUCUAUGUGGUGAUUGUCAUUAAAGUAAUUAUUUGAAGAUAUCUUGAAAAUGUAGCAGUGAACCAUUCACAUUUGCAUAUCCUGAGUGAAGCAACUUUCUCUGUGGUUAUGUUUCAGCCUUUUGUAAGGCACAGUAAAUUUAGUUAUACAACA